UUCGAGCCUUGAUUCGUUUAGGAAGAACAAUCUUUCGCUGUCAUGGAUAAUUGGAGGAGUAGAGAAUCAGGGAAAUGAAGGCGAAAUGGUUCCCGAUUUUGUCCAUGGAACUUGGAUAGGAAGAGGCGAUAAAAAUUUGGAUGAUACACCCGAGAAGUUGUAUCAAAGGAACCUGAGACAAGAAAGACGAGAGAAGCGGGCCAAUGAGCUGUUGCAAAAAGACGAAACUAUUCAAGAACUUGAGGAAGCAGCCAUUGUGCGGUCCAAAUCUGUGGAUUCUGCAGUGAUAGGGAAUUACACGAUUUGGAAAAGAGAAUACGGGAAACAGAACAACAUCGAAGAAAUAAUAGGAUUGAUGCAAGAUCAGAACAUCAUGACUAGAGUUUACGCUAGCAUUGCAAAGAUGAAAAAUAAGCUUGUCUUGCGUGAAGAACUAGAAACACAACUAUCGAAAAGCCUAGAAGCUCUGGAGGAAGCAUCCAUUGGCGUUGGUCUGCCGGAGAGAAUCCCUGAUAUGAUUAGAGCGAUGGGCCAAGUUCUGUCUCGAGCAAACGAGCAACUAUAUGAGUGCAAGUUGGUCACAGGUAAACUGAGAGCAAUGCUUCAUACUGCAGAUGAAGAACUGGCUGGCGUGAAAACAUACGCGACUUUCUUGUCUCAGCUGGCGGCCAAAACACUGCCAGAUGUUAUUCACUGCUUGUCCAUGCGCCUGAAUCUAGAGUACUAUCUCCUUCCACCGGAGAUGAGAAAAUUCCCUCGGAAACAGAACUUGGAGGACCCAGAUCUUCACCACUACGCUAUCUUCUCAGAUAAUGUAGUGGCAACAUCAGUCGUCGUUAACUCCACCAUCAUGAACACCCAGGACACUUCAAGGCAUGUCUUUCACCUGGUGACCGACGAACUCAAUUUUGGAGCAAUGAGUAUGUGGUUUAUACUGAAUCCUCCAGGAAAGGCGACCAUCGAGGUUCAAAGUGUGGAUAACUUUACGUGGCUUAAUUCAUCAUACUGUCCUGUUCUGAGACAGAUUGAGUCAGCAGCGAUGAAGGAGUUCUAUUUCAAGACGGAGAGGUCAGAGUCUGUAGAAUCGGGCACAGAGAGCCUAAAGUACAGGAACCCAAAGUACCUCUCAAUGCUAAACCACUUGAGAUUCUACCUCCCUGAGAUUUUCCCAAAGCUGGAGAAAAUCCUGUUUCUGGACGAUGACGUGGUUGUUCAGAGGGAUCUAAGUGCCUUGUGGUCAGUGGACCUCACGGGGAAAGUGAAUGGAGCAGUAGAAACUUGUGGGGCGAGCUUUCAUCGCUUUGACACGUAUCUCAACUUCACCGAUCCUCGCAUUUCCAGCAACUUUGACCCGCAAGCAUGUGGAUGGGCGUACGGCAUGAACAUUUUCGACCUGAAAGAGUGGAAGAAGAAUAACAUAACAGACACCUACCACUACUGGCAAAACCUGAAUGGGGAGAGGAGGCUGUGGAAGCUGGGGUCGCUGCCCCCCGGGCUGAUAACGUUCUACAAUCUGACGAAAGCGAUAGAGAAAAAGUGGCACCUUCUUGGCUUGGGAUAUGACAAAGACAUUGAUCUGAAGGAGGUGGAGAACUCGGCAGUUAUACACUACAAUGGACACUUGAAGCCAUGGACGGAGUUGGCAAUACCCAAGUAUCUCUCCUACUGGGCCAACUACUUCCCUUUUCACCACCCUUACCUCCGCGCCUGCGCCCUUUCCCUUUGA